GUGUGUCUUUGGACUCGAGCUUGUGUCGAUAAAGUUUAUUCAAAGUCUCUCUGCUGCUGCAGCAGCAAUGGCGGCUCCCAUGUCCUGGAGGAGGCUGGUGUACUCCAUGUACACACCGGCCAUCGCCGGGGUUUUUACCCGAAUAUCCGACCGGCUCUUCCGUGCACGGGACAGGAGAGGAGGGUCCUCGGUACUGCUGCUGGCUCCCCUCCUGGCUGAAACCGACCCCGCCCCACGACGUAUUGCCAGGCCUACCGGGUCGGCCGGAGCUCAGGGCACAGAUGGCCUCUACGCCCAGUUUCGAUGGAUGGCAGAGCAUGUACCCGCCUUCCGGGUGCCAGGCACUCACAUCCACAUUCUCACCUCGCCUGACCAGUUCUACCAGGCAAUGAAGGCACGUAUCAAGACCGCGAAAAGGCGAGUGGUGAUGGCCUCGCUGUAUCUGGGAACAGGUCAGCUGGAGCAAGAACUGGUGGACUGUAUGGAGGAAGCUCUACAACGCUCACAAGAUAAUAGUCACGCUCCCGACCUAAAAGUCUCCAUUUUGCUGGACUACACACGCGGCUCACGAGGACAGGUUAACUCGAGGACCAUGCUGCUGCCGUUGUUGCAGCGCUUCACUUCUCAGAUGAGGGUCUCUCUGUACCACACUCCGGACCUGAGGGGGCUGCUGAGGCUGCUGGUCCCUCAGCGCUUCAACGAGACCAUCGGAGUCCAGCACAUUAAAGUCUACCUGUUUGACGACAGCAUUAUCAUCAGCGGGGCCAACCUAAGCGACUCGUACUUCACCAACAGACAGGACCGUUACGUGCUGCUGGAGAACUGCAGGGAGGUCGCCGACUUCUUCUCCGACCUGGUGGAAGCCGUCGGGGACAUUUCCCUUCAGCUGCAGCCCAACGACUCCAUCACCAUGCUGGAGGGCAUGGUGCACCCGUACAAAGGCAACAGGGAGGAUUUCUCGGCAGUGGCGAGGAAGCGGAUCAUGGAGGUGGUGGACACGGCCCACAUGAGGCAGCGGCUGUUGAACCAGUCGGAAGACUCUGAGGACGAGGGGAUGAGCGAGGGAGAGGAAGACACCUGGGUGUUUCCUCUGGUCCAGAUGAAACCUCUCGGGAUCCAGGUGGACGAGCAGAUCACACAGCGCCUGCUGACAGACGCCGGGCCAGAAUCCACUAUGUUUCUAACAUCGGGUUACUUCAACCUGACCCGGGCGUACAUGCGGCUGGUGCUCGGGGCCGGAGCCAGCUACCGCAUCCUUACAGCCUCCCCCGAGGUCAACGGGUUCUUUGGAGCCAAGGGCCUCGCCGGCGCGAUCCCUGCAGCUUACAUUCACAUUGCCAGACAGUUUUACAACCAGGUGUGCCGGCUGGGCCAGCAGGAGAGGGUGCACCUGCAUGAGUACCACAGAUCACAGUGGACGUUUCAUGCCAAAGGUCUGUGGUAUUACCUCCAGGGGCAGGAUCGGCCUUGCCUCACUCUAAUUGGCUCCCCUAAUUUUGGUUACCGCUCGGUUCAUCGUGACCUGGAGGCCCAAAUUGCUAUAGUAACAGAGAAUGAGGAACUGCAGAGCCAGCUGCAGGAGGAGCAGGAGAUGCUAUACCAGCGGUCCACGGAGGUGUCGAGCUCUACAUUUGAGCAGCCGGACCGCCACGUCCAGCUGUGGGUGAAACUAGUCACUCCCCUCAUCAAGAAUUUCUUCUGAGAUGCCACCAGGCAGGAGGCCGGUGGCUUCAGUUUUCUUGAGUCCUGAGGUUGAAGAUCUCUGUGAAUUGUCGGCGCACUCCUGCAGACGGGACAGUCGGACACAAUCUAGGAUCACUGGCAUGCUGGGAGUUUUCAGCUUCACCUCGGCUUUGUCCCGUGAAGUGACUCUCACACUGGAGCAGACGUAUGUGGUGGAGCCAAAUCCUAUUUCUAUUUUUAUUUUUCAAAUCAACUCCAGAUCCUGUGGUUUACCUGCAUACGUUACUCUGUUAGAUUAUUUAUAUGCUGUAUUAACACCUGAUGUCCUCACACUGUGGAUUUCUUUUUGUUUAGUUUUACUAAUUACAAGCAUUUCAAAAACUUCUGCUACAGUACACACUGUACAUAGCUACAGGUACAUGUUGCAUGUCUAAGACAGCAAUAAAGACUUCAUCAGUCAACGUUGCCGAUGUAAAGAAGACUGAUGUAAACAGACGGGCGUGGUGAAGAGUUACAAUCCCUUGAUGAGCCUUAAUAACAGUUUUUAAGAGCUCUUACUGUGAGUUUACAGUUCUGCCCACAGCAGUAAUCAAAGCUAAACUGUACAGUGUCUUUGUGUUAUUAUCUUUGUAAAUUAAAGGAUGAUGUGGAGAGUUUUUAAAGUGAC